AUGGCGAAUAUUCCACCAAAUGAGAUGCUGAACGCCAACGCCAGCAUCUACCAGCCGCAGGCGGCCCAGCCGAAGAUCGGCGGCCCGCAGGCGCAUCCCGGCGGACCGGGCCAGCAGCAGUCGCUGCCGCCGCACAUGACCGGCAUCCGCGGCCAGGCGCCCUUUCAGACCUACAUGGGCCCGGGCCCGAACCGGGUGGCGGGCAUGCAGCCGCCACACCGGCCCCAGUACGCCGCUCACCCGCCCUCAUUUCCGCCGGCGCUGGUGCACCAGCAGCAGCAGCAGGCGGCCGCGCUGGCCGCCGCCACCGCCGCCGCCGCCUCUCAGCACCGCGGCAACAAUUCGAUGCAACACCCCAACGCGGGACAGGUCAACAGCUCCAACAGCUCACACCGAGGCAACAACUCCAUGCACCACAACUCACAGGUGACGGCGGCGCAGCAGGCAGCCGCCGCCUCCGCCGCCGCCGCCCACCAGCAGCACCAGCAGGCGCAUCCGCACCAGCAGGCGAUGGCGAAUCACCAGCAGCAGAUUCACCACCAGCACCCGCAUCAGCACCAGCACCAGCAUGCCGGUGUGGCCGCGGCGAACCUCUCACAUCGACAGAACGCCGCCGGCGGCGGCCUCGGCGGCGGCCCUCCCCAGAUGUCCAUGCAGGCGAACCGAAUGCCUCCGAUGCAGUACUACACUAUGCCGUAUCAGCAUCCGAGUCACAAUCCAAUGCAGAUAUACCUUCCAUCACAGCAGAUGAUGCCCUAUGCUCAUCUUAAUCCCUACCAGAUAGAAGUUUACCAACAACAACUUCAACAAGCCCAGUCGGCACGUGGCUACCAGCAGCAGAGCCAAGCACCAAUAAUGUCGAACAAUAUUCCGCCAA